AUAAAUGGAUCAAUAAAAGUGUUGCUAUGGCAAUAGAUCAACUAUAAUUCCGAAAUUCGCAGCUUCUAAAUGUUUUAAAACUUUCAAAAUAUUUUAAGUGUUUUCAGAAUGUCUGUGGAAACUGUAAAUAAUGAAUUUACUAGAAUUUGCGUUAUGUUACAAUCAGAAGUAAAGAAACGGCGAAUACAAGGUUUGAAAGAAAUUUUCAAAUUGUUAGAAUUGGAGCAAUCUGAAAAACAAAUUUUAAAAUUAUGGAAUAUUGUAAAUAAAUAUCUGUUGAGAAUUUUAAAUGAUUUUGUAGAAGAAUGUCGUGAUCGAGCACUGGAGAUUAUGAAAUUAUUUAUAGUUAAUUUAAUACCAGAUGAUAAGUAUAUCAUGUAUUUAUUUCCAAUUUUAUCCAAAAGAUUAGGUUCUUCUGAACAAAUAGAAACUUCAGAAGAAGUUAGACUGAAGUGUGUUAUAUUGUUAAAAAUAAUAAUAUUGAAAUAUGACAACUUAUUGGCAUUAUAUAUUGCUGAUUUAACAAAAAUUUUAGUACAAACUUUGGCAGAUAAUUAUCCACUUGUUAAAAAAGAAAGCUGUGAUUGUAUAUCUGAAUUUGCAAAAAAUUUAUCAAGAUAUUUUUAUACACAAUCACAAAACUUUGUAAAACCAAUUCUAAGUAAUUUUAAACACCAACAUUAUAAAAUAAGAAUCGCUUCUAUUAAAACAAUUGGAGAUUUAAUUCAGUAUGGAAAUAGCAAAUCUAUAGAAGAGGUAACUACACCUAUGGCAGAACGAUUGUUUGAUCAAAAUGGUCUUGUUAGAAAGGCUGUAAUAGAAGUAGCAGGUUUUUGGCUCUUAAACCUAAAAGAUCGAUAUAAUUGGUGGCACAAAAUUCUUCCACUACUUUUAACAGGUCUACAUGAUGAAUUAGAAGAAAUUAGACAAAAAGCUACUGAUCUUUGGGAUGCAGUAGGAAAAUUAUAUAUAGAAGAAAAUCAAAAUGAUGAGAAACUGAAAAAUAAACUGGAUUUUCUUACUGAAGAUCAUCGUCAUUAUCCUAAUUAUCUUACUAGACCAAAUUUAGGAUGCCGUACAAUAGCACAACAAUGUUUCAGUAAAUUAAUAAAUGGAAUUAGCUUAGAAUUAGGAGAUUGGAUUGCAGACAUACGAGUACGAUCUGCGCAACUACUUUGUGUAUUUAUUUUAAAUAUAGAGGAAGAUGUGAUACAGCAUAUUGGAAAACUGUUACCUCCUAUGUAUAGAGCUUGUAAUGAUGACGAUAAUAGAGUUGUAGAAAAUAUAGAAAGGACAGCGGAAUAUAUAGGAUAUUUUGUACCUCCAAAAAUUUACUGUCAUUUGAUAAUUCCUACUCUUGAAGAUACUCCAUCUGUAGGUCAUUUAAAAAUAUUUUCUGCAAUUUUAAAAGGUAGUGAACAUUGUACACUUCUUCCAUUAUUAGAAGAUAUUGGAAAAUUUUUACAACAACCACAUAUUCGUCAAAGUAAAAAAGGAGCAUAUCAAAAACAAAUACUUUCUUGUUGUUCUUCUAUAAUUGCAGUAUGCAAAGAGGUUUGUUUUAUAAAUAUUUACGAUUGCAAACUUAUAUCAAAGGAAUUAUUUGUAAUAAUAUUCACUGUAUUAUCCAUGACACAAGAAAACUCUGUAAACUUAAAAGCACAAGAAUUAUUAAAUAUUCUUGCUAAUAUUAAUUCGUUUGAUAAUGUUGAAGAGUUAUAUUAUAAAUAUAUUGAGCAAUUAUUUUCAACUUUUUCUGAUUAUAAAUCAUGGUCAAUUCAUGAUCCAGAAGCUCAAAUUUUUUGUGCAUGUUUAGUUUAUAUCAAACAAAUUUUAGCUUAUAAUAUGGACAUUAUUUUACCAAUUCUAAAAGAGAUUACGGCAAACAAGGCAGAUCCUGAAUUGAGAUUAAAGCUUUUCAUUUUAUUAUCAGAAUAUUUUGACCGAGGAUCUGUAAGUAAAAUUAUAGAUCUAAAAUUUUCGAACCAAUUCUUAGAAGAUUGCAUAUUUCCUCAAUUGAUUUGGAGCGCAGGAAGAACCGCCGAGGCCAUACGUACUGCCGCGGUAUCUUGUUUAUGUUCAUUUUUAAAUAAAUAUGAGAAAGACUUUAUUAUGAAGAAAAUCACAAAUGAUGAUGAAGAAAAUAUUUGUUCGACAUUUGAUAAAAUAAUUCCUGUUUUAAUUAGUCUUGCAGAUGAUAAUUCUAGGAAAAAUAGAUUUUAUUCUUUGCAAGCUAUAUAUUUGAUAAUGUGUAUUAGGAAAGAAUUUGAUUACCUCGGAGAAGUAUGCAUACACAAAAUAUACCCUGUACUUUUGAAAAGACUUGAUGAUGGAUGCGAUGAUGUUAGACUAAUAGCAUUAGAAGCUCUGACAGAAGUUUGGAGUGCAAUAUCUAAGGAUUAUGACUUGCAAUUUAAUAAAGGACAUGUAGAUAUUUUGUAUACUACAGUUAUAAUAUAUUUGGAUGAUCCCGAAGAGGAAUUUCAAAAUAUUGUACUAGGCAAAUUAAAAGAAUUAGCCAAAGUGCAUCCAGAACUUCUACAUCAGAAACUUCAAAAAUACAGUGAAGACUUGUGA